AUGGAUCAUCCUAUGCAAGAUGCUCCAGCCGACGUGCUGGCCGAUGCCCGACGGACGCUUGAGGCCUUGAAGAAUUCGGGGCUUUCGCGCGAUCUUUUGAUGCAAAUGUGGGAGGCCGAUGAUAGGGCAGCACAGCAGCAACAACAGCAGCAGCAACAGCAACAGCAGAUGGUUCCCCAACAAGAUGCACCCAUGGAAGACGCUUCCACACGAGGUUUGAUUCUAUUGCCUCUCCAAACCUGGAGAAGAGAUCAUCCGACUAACUUCCUUCCUGUGUCCCCAGCGAUUUGCCAUGGCCAAAUUGGUCACCGACCGCGCAUCUCGGUUUCAUCGACGAGUUCAGGAUCCUCCGGGCACGCCAGCAUUUGGUCAAUGGGCUCCGCCAAUUCGAACGCUACCAUCGCUACCAAUUACUCUCAGUCUUCUCAAAGCCCUUCAACAUGCCAGCAAUCCGCACCCCAGGCUGUUCCUGGCGGCCUUCCUCAAGUAGCGAGCGCCCAGACGGGAUGGGGUCCCGGCCGAUUCAACUUCUACUGGUGCACAUCCUGCGAAACAAGGUUCAAGCGCAAGUACGACUGGAAGCGUCAUGAGGAGGAGUUCCACGAGCGUUGGAAGAAGUACCCAUGCCCUGAGCCUGGCUGCAACAGGAGCUUCUGGGGAGCCAACACCUUCAACCAACACCACAAGGCGUCUCAUGGCUGCAAGACAUGCCCCCACUCCGAAAAGGUUGUCAAAUAUCUGAAGAGGAGAAAGUACUGGGCCUGUGGCUUCUGUUCCGCCCUUCAUCCCUCACGUGAACGCCACGUCGAGCACGUUGCAAGACAUUUUGAGUCGGGAAAGACAAAGUCCGAUUGGAUGCAUUCCAGAGUUAUCUACGGCCUUCUUCAUCAGCCAUUGAUUCACGAGGCUUGGAAGGACAUCCUCAUGUCAAAGGCGAACGAAUUCAAUGGACGCCAACCCAACUUCAGCUGGAACCCCACACAGACUGGCCGUGCUCAAGGCUUUAUGGAGAACGAAAGUCCCGGCCAACUUCAGGAUCUGCUCGAGUUCUUUUCUGGUUCCAGCUCUGAGGCGGAAUCGAUUGUCUCAAUCGCGUACAAGCUUGCGGACCUUGUCUUCCUCCCCGUGCCGGCAUCGCCGCCUAUGCAAUACUCGCAAUGCUACGCCCCUGCUCCUACUGCUAUGCCUCAGCAAUAUCCUCCUCAGCCCUUGCUGCCGCCUCCUUCGAUACCCUCGCAGACCCUGCCGACGCAAUCUCCUCAGCCCCCGGUCUUGUCGUCGCAAGACUCCUCACCGGGGCCUUUUAUGGAUCACAUGAGAGCGCAGUCGAUGAUGCCGGCGCCGUUGUUCCACACCCCUCAGCAGCGCACUACACCAGAACCUCUUCACCGGGCGUCACUCGACAGAGAGCUGCCGCCACCGCCUCAAGAGGCACAGCCCAUGAACUUUCAGUAUAUCCCCGACGGCAUCGUGUUUGAGGACUGGGAGAGCUUCUCCAGCACAGUUGUCGACGAAAACGCACCAGCACCAACGCCGAUGCCAACAGAAUGGCCGCUGGUGCCUGUACAAUAUUACAACGCCCCUGUGGGGCCAUGA